AAAAUCACUAACAUCAGCAAAAAUAUUGGUAAAUUUAAAGUAGUUGCUUAAAAUGUGCUAUGUUUGCCCACUAAGAUGUUUUUUCCUGUCAUCAGGUCUAUCAGCUAGUAAACAAGGACCCAAGAUGCUCCUGAAGAGAGUCGGUUAACUGCAACAAAUGUAAAAUGUGACGGUCUUGGUCGCCGAUUAGGGCUGUUGUCUCAUAAGCUCAAGUAUUUUCACAAGAUAAAGUUAGCUGAUUACUUUCCUUCCAGUAUUUUAAGGCGUUGUUCCAAGUAGAGGUUUAUCAACUUUAACCAAUAAAAGAAAGUGGCACUUCUUGGCCUGAUAACUCUACAGGAGCAAAUACAGGAGUAGUUCAGCUGUUAUUUACAGGCUGACAGAUGCUCUUCAGUACGUUAUUAGUUACAAGUUGUUGGGUUUUUUUUGUGUACAGCCCUCAUCAGGCUUACACAACAAAUAUGAUUUGUGAAUAUGUUUGUUUUGUUUUUUGUGAUCAUCUCCAGGCCUCAAACUGUGGCUGCCUUUGGCCUCCCUUAUCUGCUCCAGCAGACUUCAAGGUCUCAUUAUCUGCACAAAUGUAUUGGUGAAAUGAGAGCGGAUGGAUGGUGACUGACUGAAAACAGAGGACACUCAGUGCCGUGUUGGUGCCGUGGUGUGUCUGUUUUUAAAAUAAUUAAUACAAAGCGCAGAACCGGGUCGGAUGCUGCUUUCCGAGGAAAUGUUUCCAGUAGCCAAAACAAAACAACUCUGAUCCAAUUAACUGCAACAACAAAAUUAACACCUUAGGGACAUAGUUCCUGUUUGCUUUUGCCAUCCAAUCCACCAUUUCCAGAAUUAUUUCUGUAUGUGCUCCACACAAACAUGGUUGUACUUGUUGCUUCUGAAAUAGCUUGUAUUCAUUUAUAAGGCCAGCAGUGGUGUCCAGCGCUGCCAUUGGUCACAAAGGUUUUCUCCAGCACAGCAACAUUUAUAUACUGAGCUGCUGAGGCAGCAAGCUGCAGGCUUUGUAGGUCUGACUGAUGCCAGUGAGAGAGACAGAAAGCAGGAGUAAAAACUGAGCUUUAGCAGCCUUAAUCUAAGAAAUGUUUAUAUAUAUAAUGAGAUCAAACAAUCAAAUCAAACUGGUGUUAUGAAGGAAGUGGGGUUCAACAAAAUAAGGCUCUUACAGCAGCCUGAAAAUUACAAGAAAAAAAUGCAGCGUGCCCAUUUACACGUUUUAAAUGUUGUAUAAAUGUAAAAAAAAAUUGCUGCUACGAUUAGUCGAUUAUUUGCUAGUUAUUAACUGAUUAUUGUUCUGAGACAUUUUUCAGCUUCUAAAGUGUGGACAUUUUCUGGAUUCCUUUUGUCCUCUAUGACAGUAAACUGAAUAUCUCCGGGUUGGUGGACAAAACCAGACAUUUGAGGAAGUCAUUAAUUAACAUUUUUCACAAUUUUCCAACACAUCAUGGCCCAGACAAUCAGCUAAUCAAGAAAAUGAAUGACUGAUUCAUCAAUGAUGAUAAUAAAUGGAACUCGCAGCCCCCGUUUUUUGGAUGAUAAUCAAAAAAAGCAAUUAUGUUUCUUGAAAUAAGUCUUUUAAAUGACAUGUACUUCACACUUCACUGGAAGGCAUCAGACCUGUUUCUUGUUUGCCUUCCUGUCUUUCUAAAUGGCACAAAAAAGAAAAAAAAAAACAAGCCACCACUCCUGCAGACCGAAUGCAGAUUUUGUACAUCUGAGAUGAUGGACUUCAUCCUAUAUUUUAAAAAUCAAUGGUUGUAUUUUAAUCUUUUAAAGUAGAAUUAUUGCUAGUUAUUCAUGUUACAUUUGUUGCUUCAUCUCAGACACAUCUGAGGAGGCUUAGCACUCACUGGCUGUAUCCAUUCAGAACCAGAUUUUUAAAAAGACCACCUUUGUCCAGUCGGGCUGCUGCGGCGGAGGAGAUAAGAGACUGUGCGACGGCCUUUGAACUGCAGAGCUUCAAUGACAAGUUUUUUUGCGUUGCACACAACCAGUCCCUUUUCUUUCCCCUAGCAACCAAUCAGCCCACUCCCAAUUUAUUGAGAUUUCUUUGAGCUUGUGCGUGUGAUGUUCCGCCUUAAAACUCUGGUCUGAUGUUACAGGUUUUUUGUUCUUCUGCAUUUAAACCUGUCACUGCACCCUCCCACUCCCUGUCUAUUUGCAUGGCAACCCUUUACCAGGCCAGCUGCUGCUGCCCUUUUCUUUCUUCAUGUUGAAUUCUAAUCAUUACUUUCAAAGGAAAGCGUCUCCAAAGCUCCUUUAUCAAGUGUCCGUACUGGGAGGAGGCAAGCCGCUGUCCAACACCCACUCAGGCUGCUCCUCUUCAUCUAAACACUUCUGAUCUGCAGAGCGGGAGCAACCUGCCUUUUCAAGUUUGGACGGAAAUAACAUAUGGAAGAAGAAGCUCUGCAGUGAUGCCAUGAGGCUGAUUUUAGUUAAACCCACCAAUGCAACGCGUCGCCUCGACUCAACGGGUGAGGUCUUCCACGAUGGGGACCACGCGCAUUGCACCUCAGGAGGUCCGUCACGUCUGACAAAAUCUCCUGAGGGGGUACACGACCGACUCUCUGGUUCCUCUGUGGAAGCAUCGUCUUCCCCGCAGGAGACGAGUCUGUGCUGUGUUUCAUCUUCGCCCCACGAAAGGUCAAAUGGAAUCAGUCCACCAACAGUUUCAGGUCAGAUGUCGCCACUGAAAACCCGAAACUUGACUUUGUCACAGCUGAGUGACCAGGACUGGCUGCUGCUUUGUGGCCAGGUUAGCAGCGUAGGAGAUGAUUCGCCCUCAGCAGAGAGAGCAGGGGCUAGUGUGGGACAUCCAAACCACAGCGACCGAUGUGGCUGUUCCUGUCUUGAUGUGCACCGACAUUCAGACGCUUCGAGUUUUCAUCCACACUCCAAACGGGGCACGGUCCAAGACUGCCUCUCCAGAGUUUCAAACAAGAGACGCCUUUCAUCUUCGCCACAGACCCAGCUUUUCUCCCAGUGCUCCCAAGCUCCAGCCACUUGCCAGGUUUUACCACAACAAACUAACCAAAGGGAUCUUUUGAAACCUGCGACAAACCACCCGCAGGAUAACCUCAUGCUCCAGUGCAGAGAGCAAGAAGGUCGGAAGGAGCUAUCGCAGCCUUGCGAUCAUUCUAAAUUUAAAGACGCGGGCCAAGCAAAUUUAUUCAACAUCCCUCUGAACUCCAUCGGAUGUGCCGACACAAACCAGAAACAUCUCCCUCAGCCUGCUGUCCCCGCAGACGUCAACUGGAGAGAGCUUUUUGGUAAAGAACCACUGCUUGUGCAGCAAUGUCAAACGCAUGACUCCAACUGCUCAAUGAGUGGCGAUCAAACCUGCAAGUCCGAAGACCCCUCCGUUGUCCUCAAAUGCCGUCACCUCCCUUACAAACCUCUAACCAGCGCUCCGAGGGUGAAGAGGUCGUCUACUCCGGCCAGUAACAAAAGCGUCCAGUCCUUCUCCAUCAGCCAGUAUAGCUCUCUGGACAACCAGGAUUUAGUGGAGGAGAGAGCUAGACAGCGACAAUGUCAGACAAACUCUCUGCACCUCAGUGGAUCCAAACCGACUGCUCUACCUACUACUAACACUUUUGAAACUGGUGACUUAGUCAAUGGGGAGGCAUUGCGAUCCCUGAGCGGCCACAGCACCUCCAGGUCCAGUUUCGCAGAUGUCCACUCAGGCCAGCAGCCUCUUCAGCUUCUUCACAGCGCCAUCCUGGAGGAUGCCUUCUCCAAAGUGAUCAGAGAAGAUUCCAGCAAGGCCAACAGUGAACACCUGACCAGGGAGGACGGCACCGUACCACAGAAGAAGACCAAGGACAUUAGCUACCGGCUGGGUCAGAGGAAAGCUCUCUUUGGGAAGCGGAAACAGUUGAGCGACUACGCAUUGGUCUGUGGGAUGUUUGGCAUCAUUGUCAUGGUGAUCGAGACAGAGCUGUCAAGGGGAUAUUACAGCAAGGAGUCCAUAUAUUCAUAUGUACUGAAAGGCCUGAUCAGCCUCUCUACUGCUGUUCUUCUUGGACUCAUUGUGUUGUACCAUGCAAGAGAGAUUCAGCUCUUCAUGGUGGACAACGGGGCAGACGACUGGAGGAUAGCUAUGACCCUUGAGCGCAUCCUCUUUGUGGUGUUGGAGCUCUUCAUCUGUGCCAUCCAUCCGAUCCCGGGCCAGUACGUCUUCACGUGGACCGCUCGUCUGGCCUUCAGCUACACGGCAUCGGUCGCGGACGCCGAUGUCGACAUCAUCCUCUCUGUGCCGAUGUUCAUGCGCCUCUACCUGAUUGGCCGGGUCAUGCUGCUCCACAGCAAGCUGUUCACGGACGCUUCCUCCCGCAGCAUCGGGGCGCUCAACAAGAUCAGCUUUGACACCCGUUUUGUGAUGAAGACUCUGAUGACAAUCUGCCCCGGCACGGUCCUGCUGGUCUUCAGUGUGUCCUGCUGGAUCAUCGCAGCGUGGACAGUGCGCGUUUGUGAGAGGUAUCAUGAUGCACAGGAGGUGACCAGUACCUUUCUUGGAGCAAUGUGGCUGAUCUCCAUCACCUUCCUGUCCAUUGGCUACGGCGACAUGGUCCCUCACACCUACUGUGGCAAGGGGGUGUGCCUGCUUACAGGAAUCAUGGGAGCAGGCUGUACAGCCUUAGUGGUCGCUGUUGUUGCGAGGAAGUCAGAACUCACCAGGGCUGAGAAGCACGUCCAUAACUUCAUGAUGGAUACUCAGAUCUACAAAAAGAUUAAAAACACUGCAGCCAAUGUGUUGAGGGAGACCUGGCUCAUCUACAAAAACACCAAGCUGGUCAAGAAGGUCGAUCGUGCCAGGGUACGCCAUCAUCAGCGUAAAUUCCUGCAAGCCAUUCACCAACUGCGAGCAGUCAAGCUGGAGCAGAGAAAACUGACUGAUCAGGCCAAUACAGUUGCUGACGUUGCCAAGACUCAGAGCAUGAUGUAUGACCUUGUGUCGGAGCUGCAGCACCGCAGCGAGGAGCUGGACAGGAGGAUCGUCGCUCUGGAGGACAAACUGGACUCCAUCCUUCUCAGUGUGCAGUCGCUGCCCGUUGUGCUUUCUCAGGCAAUAACAAAGCUACAAAAGGAUUUCCUGGACGACUUGGCCUGUCGAGUCCAUUUCCUGUCAUCCUCCCUGAGCUCUGAAUGCUGUUCAGUCCCUGCCAGGCAGCUCUGUCCAGGACCCACCACACCAGAGACACCAUACAGCUCCUAGGCCACACUCAGAGUUUUUUUUUUUUCUCUUUAAAUGUUCAUGCUGGGAAGGAUUUUGUGUAGUAGCACUCUGCUGCACAUUCAUAAAGUUACACACAUUCACCCCUGGGAGUUCCAGCUGCUGUCUCAUACUGAGCAGGUUCAAUGAAAAGGGAAGUGCCUCGGUUAGGGGAUUCUUGAGGAAGGGGAGAUCAUUAUUCCUCCAUUUCCUCUGCUUGUCAGUCCAGGGAGUAGUUUUUCAUCUAGAAGUACACAAACAUAAGUCCAUAGAGCCUCUUUUGAUCCAUAUAGGAACAGGAUUUGUAAGUUGGCUUCAUGGAACAUUAUAAUGUUACUGUCAAUGUCAAUCAAAUCCAUGAUUAAAACAGCUUAUCCUGUACAGACUCUGAUCAUGUUAAUUCAAGCAUAAAAAGGGACUAGGAAUGAUUUUUUUUUUCAAGGACACCUCUGAGCUCACAGACCUCACCUGAAAGAAGCCUUAUAUAUGUUCGCUCACCAGUCAGCUAAUUUGCUAAAUGUAAUAAAAAGUUAAUCUUUGUGGAGCUGGAAACAUUCUUACUAGAUUGUUAUAUUCAUGAAGGCAGCUUUGAUUGCUGAUUAUCAAUGAUCGUCUUAGAAGUAUACAAGUCACUGUCUUGUUCCUGCGCUGAACUGGCAGUGAAAGUGAUGGAAAAAGCUGCUUCUCCUUUAUGGCUGAGGUUGUGUAGUAGGGCGUGUCCCACAAAUGAAUAUGUAAAACAGAUGGUCAGACCAAACCGUUAUGAUUGUGCCAAAUGCCACAUUAAAGCCCAGAGGGGGAGAAACAUUGCAGUCUGGGCACCAUUUCCUUUUGAUAAAACAUUAAUUUCACGCAGCAUCUUGUUUCAAAGGCCCUGUACCUUUUCUCUUUUCACAUCAUUGUUAUCUUGAUUUGGUUGAUUGGUUGAUUUGUUCUCCUUUUGUAACUAUAUGUCUAUAUGGUGAUUUGCUGCUUCCUGCUUUAGUAUUUUUGAAGUUGGCAACUGUUGAGAAAUGUUUGUUUGUAAUAAAGUUAAUUCAUAUUUUGAACUCAUAGUCCUGAAACCCAGUGUUUCACUUAGCCUAUACUACAUUAAUAUCUUAGUCUGUUUGUAUGAAUGAGAUGUCACGGGUGUACUUUGUAGCUGCCACACAUUGUGUUUUUUAAACAUAUCUUAUACAUUUUAGGCCCUUGCCCUUAGCCAGCAAUAUGGUCACCAAGGUGUGGACUUCAGGAACAAAUUUCCUUUUUAAAAAAAAAAAAAAAAAAAAAAGCCUAUUUAUAGCCUAAAAAAACUGUGCUGAAAAUUGUCUAAUCAGAAAUUGUCACUUGUUGAUGUAACUGAUGAUUUGUCAUUUCAUCACAAAUAAAU